AUGGAUUACACUGCAACUCAAGGCGGGUUCAGACAGCGUAAGUUACAGCCAAAUAUGCGUCUGAGGAAUAGCUCUGUGGAUGGCUCGGAUGGCAGCCAGCUGUUUGAGGAUACCAGUGGAGUUGGAUCACAGGGAGGAGCAUACAUGAACCCACAGGCUGGCCCUCAGGCAGCCGGUUUUCCCGGCCAGGCUCUCCUCUCUGACCCCAUGUCCAACCUGGCCAUGGCCUAUGGCAGCUCGCUGGCAUCCCAGGGCAGAGAGAUGGUGGACAAGAAUCUGGACAGGUUCAUCCCAAUUUCUAAGCUGAAAUACUACUUCGCAGUGGACACAGUGUAUGUGGGGAAGAAGCUUGGCCUUCUAGUUUUUCCAUACAUGCACGAGAACUGGGAGGUGAGCUACCAGCAGGACACGCCUGUGGCUCCGCGCUUUGAUGUGAACGCUCCUGAUCUUUAUAUACCGGCUAUGGGUUUCAUCACAUACAUCCUGGUGGCUGGGCUGGCUCUUGGCACACAGAACAGGUUUUCUCCAGAGUUGCUGGGAGUCCAGGCCAGCUCAGCUUUCGUGUGGUUAAUUAUGGAGGUCCUGGCGGUCCUGUUGUCACUUUACCUCGUCACUGUAAACACAGACCUCACCACCAUAGACCUUGUAGCCUUUUCUGGAUACAAAUAUGUUGGGAUGAUUGUCGGUGUGGUCGCUGGACUUUUGUUUGGGAGGCCAGCAUAUUAUCUCUCUCUGCUGUGGUGCUGCGUUGCUAUCUUUGUCUUUAUGAUUCGCACCCUGCGUCUGAAGUUGUUAUCUGAAGCAGCAGCUGAAGGGAGGCUGGUGCGAGGAGCCAGAAACCAACUCAGGAUGUACCUCACCAUGUCUAUAGCAGCGGCCCAGCCCAUCUUCAUGUACUGGCUUACCUACCAUCUCAUCAGAUAA